AUGAGUCCCAAGCAGAAGGCGAUUCUGCAGGUCGCCUCACCGAGCAUCCUCGUCCAUCAGGAUAUCUCUACUCCGGCUUCGCCUCUCACCCACGGCUCAUUGCAUCACCAAUCGCCUCACCUCAAAAACUCGCCGGCGCAGAGCGAUGCUGCAUCCAUUGGAGGGAGAUCGACACGUAGCGUUCGGAGCGCUUUCGAGGACAUCAAGCAUGAGGUGAUGGUCAACCACCUUUAUCAGCAACAAUGCUCUCGCCUAUGGGUGAGCGACGGGAGUGGAGAAAUCGAGGGUGUUUUGCUUCGAAAAUCUCGUGGUCAAUACCUGUCGUGUCCGCAUGAGCUCCGAAGCUCGCAGUUGGCUCAAGCUUGUGCCGAGCUGAACGUGCAGGUCGCUAUGACGGUGAAUUCCAGAGUCAUCAAGACUUUCUUGGCCUGGGCUCCUGAAGCGACAGAUGUUCCUCUCAUGAACGGACUCCGAGUCCAGGUUCUGCCCACAAUUACCGACCUGCCACGAGCACGGAAGUACCAAUUUGCAGCUUUCAUUGCCACGGAGUCGCUCCUGGUGGUUUGGGAUGACGAUCCAUCAAAUGUCAUGAAAAGAGCAAAGAGCAUCGAGUCGGAACUGAUGGAGCUUGUCUGGCAUACUGCCGAAGUCGGAGACGAUGACGGCGUCGCCAAGGAGAAAGAAGGCGGUGGCGGAAUCUCACUCGACUACGAAUCUGGAGAAACCAUGCUGGACGACAGGCACACGAACUUGAUGAACACCAUUCUUGUCGCUUUUACAUUAAUCAUUGUUGUUACGUUGCUCGGCCUAGCCUGUCGAUCUCUGGCUACUGAGAUCGCAGUUGAUGGCUCAUACACUCGCCUUGCUUUUCUCGCCUUGGUUCCUGUACAGAUCUUCUUUACUCUAUUCUUCGCUCAGGUUAUUGUUGGCUGCGUCGCGCAAUGUCUAGGUCCGGUGCGGCAAAUGCAACUCAACUCGAAAUAUUUUUCGGCCAAGUGCUCUCCUCGCUUGCGAACACCCAUCCUACCACAUGUCACGAUCCAGUGCCCCGUCUACAAAGAAGGACUUGGCUCUGUCAUUGCACCGACGGUUAAAUCGAUCAAACAGGCCAUAUCGACGUAUGAGCUGCAAGGCGGCACGGCAAACAUGUUUAUCAAUGAUGACGGCCUUCAGAUCAUUGACGAUGAACAGCGAAAGGCUCGAAUUGAGUUCUACCAAGAUCACAACAUUGGGUGGACAGCUCGUCCCAAACACGGCAGUGAAGGGUUCGUCCGGAAGGGAAAGUUCAAGAAGGCAUCCAACAUGAAUUACGGGCUAAUGCUAUCAUGCAAAGUGGAGGAGAAGCUGCAAAGGCUUCAUCGGAGCUCUACCUGGACUCAGAAUGACGAAGCGGAAGCCUAUGACCAAUGCUUGCAAGAGGUCCUCGAGGAGACUCCGCGUGCUUGGGCCGAAGGCAACAUUCGAAUGGGAGACUAUAUCUUGCUCAUCGACAGCGAUACGCGGGUGCCAGCGGACUGCUUGCUCGAUGCUGUGAGCGAGAUGGAGCAGUCGCCUAAUGUUGGAAUCAUGCAAUUCGCGUCUGGCGUCAUGCAAGUCGUGCACACUUUCUUUGAGAACGGCAUCACCUUCUUCACCAACCUGAUAUACACCGCCAUCGAAUACACUGUCGCCAACGGAGAUGUUGCACCCUUUGUCGGCCAUAAUGCGGUCCUGCGAUGGAGUGCCAUUCAGCAAGUUUCCUACACGGACGAAGAUGGCUACGAAAAGUUCUGGUCCGAGUCACACGUGAGUGAGGAUUUCGAUAUGUCCCUACGACUUCAAUGCGACGGCUACAUUAUCAGACUGGCAUCUUGGGCGCAUGGAGGCUUCAAAGAAGGUGUCAGUUUGACAGUCUACGACGAACUCGCUCGAUGGGAGAAGUAUGCCUAUGGCUGUAACGAACUCUUGUUCCAUCCGAUGCGGAAGUGGAUUUACAAAGGUCCUUUCACCGAGCUUUUUCGACGGUUCCUGUUUUCGAACAUCCGCUUUACUUCAAAAAUCACCAUCAUCAGUUAUAUUGGCACUUAUUACGCGAUCGGAGCGGCCUGGAUAAUGACGCUAGCGAAUUACUUUGCAAUCGGUUGGUUCAAUGGCUACUUAGACAAGUACUCCAUCGACUCCUGGAAAGUGUGGUUCAGUAUUGUCAUUGUCUUCAAUGGCUUAGGCAACACCGCUCUCGCAAUCAUGCGGUACCGCAUUGGUCAGAAAUCAUUCAUUCCGGCACUGAUGGAGAACUUCAAAUGGAUUGUGAUGCUCUCCAUCUUCCUGGGCGGGCUGUCACUACACGUAUCCCAAGCACUGUUGGCACACAUGUUUGAGAUCGACAUGACGUGGGGAGCCACUUCCAAGGAAGCGGAGUUCUCGAACUUUUUCAUCGAAGUGCCCAAAGUGGUGCGCAAGUUCAAGUUCAGCAUCGCAUUUGCGCUUCUUGGCAUCGUUGGCAUGAUUGUUCUGGCAACGAACCCGGGUGGAUAUAUACCGUAUGACUGGGUGAUCAAGGACUUCAUUGCGAUUUUGCCGAUGAGUACGGUGAUAGUAAGUCAUCUGCUGUUGCCAAUAGUGUUGAACCCAGCGUUGAUGACGUUCUCGUGGUGA